GAUGAUGAUGAGGAUGCAGGUAAGCCUUAUGCAUAUUCUGUCGUUUAGAUGAAUUGUAUACUUCUCAUAUGAAUCCUAAUGUCUGCGUUACUCAUCCAUGUGCAGAGGGGAAUAGCAGGUUAUGCGUCUCGGUGAGAGACUACUACUGUUACAUGCUCCAGACACGACCUGGGAUAUUCAAUCCCAUACUCUGUGGAGCACGAUUGCUCCAGCAAUGGGGGGUGGACAUGUACAUCAAGAUUGAGAGUUGUAGGUUGAAAUGGUACAGGAAGAACCAAACAAAGAUCCGUGCCGACCUGUAUAAAGGAGUUGUUGAUGCAAUUACAUCCGGGGAGACCCGGGCAAGCGCUGUUGGAGUAAGGAUAGUGCUACCUGGAACGUACCCAGGUGGCGACCGCGACAUGAAGCGGAGGCAUAUGGAUGCCAUUGCAAUUGUCCAUACUUACGGGAAGCCUGACAUCUUCUUGACCAUGACCUGCAACCCUAACUGGGAAGAGAUAACGAAUGAGUUGUUUCCUAGUCAGACAGCGCAAGACCGACCUGAUCUUGUGGCUCGUGUGUUCCAUGGCAAGCUAGAGGCUAUGAAAGAGAUGUUGUUCAAGAAGAAUAUCCUGGGUGUUGUUGUUGCACAUGUAUACGUAGUCGAGUUCCAAAAGAGGGGCCUCCCCCACGCACACUUUUUGUUGAUCAUGGAUUCUGCCUAUAAGCUUGUCGUUCCAGAGCAGUACGACCGACUCAUUUGUGCCGAGCUCCCAGACAAGCAAAAGUAUCCUGAACUCCACGCCUUGGUGGUGAAACAUAUGAUGCAUGGACCAUGCGGUGCUCUCAACCCCAAAAAUGUUUGCAUGCAACAGAACGAGUGCAAGUGCAGAUACCCGCGGUCGUUCAAUGAAAACACGGCACAGGGCAAGGACUCAUACCCUGUUUAUCGUCGUCGAGAUAAUGGUCGGCAGGCUAAGGUCCGGGGUAAAAUGUUGGACAACAGAUGGGUUGUGCCGUAUAACCCUUACCUACUGCAGAUGUUCAAUUUCCACAUAAACGUUGAGGUUUGCUCCAGCAUAAAGGCCGUCAAAUACCUUUACAAGUACAUAUACAAGGGCCAUGAUAGGGCUUCUUUCAACAUCGACCAGCCUGACGCUGAUGGUAACAUUGAUGAGAUCAAAAGAUACGUAGACGCGAGGUGGGUUACUCCUCCAGAGGCGAUGUGGAGGAUAUUUGGCUUCCCCUUGUGUGCCAAUGACCCGUCUGUCCUACAGUUGCCUCUUCAUCUCCCGAAUAUGCACAGGGUGGCAUUCAAUGAGCAAGCUGACUUGACCGACGUAGUCGCCUCUGAGAAAGCUUCCAAAUCCAUGUUGACAGAGUAUUUCAAUGCUAACCAAAACCACCCGUGGGCUAGGAAUAUAUUGUACAAGGAUUUUCCUGGAAGGUUUACAUGGCAGAAGGGUAAGAAGUAUUGGAAAGAGCGGGUGGAGCGUUAUCAGAUAGGUCGAAUUGUGUCUGCCAAUCCUGCCGAGGGGGAGCGAUACUAUCUGCGUGUGCUGCUAAACCAUGUUGCUGGCAAGACAUCCUAUGAGGACCUGCUCACCGUGGACGGUAGGCUAUACAGGAGCUUUAGAGAGGCUGCCGAAAGGUUGGGACUCAUCGAGGCAGAUAACACGCUCGACGACUGUCUUACUGAGGCAGAGCAGUGGGCGAUGCCAUGUUCGCUCAGGAGGCUCUUCGCAACAAUUUUGGUGCACUGUGAGCCAGGCGACGUGCGUGGUUUAUGGGAUAGGCACUUCGAGCCUAUGUCUGAUGACUAUCGGCCAUCACACACCUGCCCGAUUGAGGUGGAACAGAUGGUGUUGCUUGACAUUAGGGGUAUGUUGCAGUCCAUGGGCAAAGACAUAGCUGAUUUCUCUCUUCCAUGCAUUGACGAUGCAUUCGACCCAACCGAGGGAGAGGCCAGAGAAGUGAUCGAGGAAUCCAACAUUGAUUUUGACAUCAACGACACUAAAUUGGCUUCGUCGCUAAACUUGGAGCAGAGGGUUGCAUACGACGAGAUACUAGCUUCUGUUGAACGCGCUGAUGGGGGUGUGUUCUUUGUUGAUGGACCGGGAGGUACAGGGAAGACCUUCCUGUACAGGGCGCUGCUCUCCAAGGUUCGAAGCGAGGGAAACAUCGCUAUCGCUACCGCGACGUCAGGCGUCGCCGCUUCUAUCAUGCCUGGAGGCAGGACUGCCCACUCGAGGUUCAAGAUCCCAUUGAGCUGCGACGAUGGCGCCUCAUGCACCUUCACGAAACAGAGUGGUACCGCCAAGCUACUGAGGAUGGCCUCAUUGAUACUAUGGGACGAGGCCACCAUGACUAAGCGACAGGCGGUCGAGGCACUUGACAACAGCAUGCGCGACAUCAUGGGAAGACGGGACCGACCCUUUGGAGGAAAAACUGUUGUGUUUGGCGGGGACUUCAUGCAGGUGCUUCCGGUCGUCAGGAGGGGGUCCCGGGGUCAGAUAAUCGAUGCAACCCUUCGAAGUUCACACCUCUGGAAGGGUAUGCGCCAGCUAAGGCUCGUCACCAACAUGAGGGCUCAUAAUGACACCUGGUUUGCGGAUUACUUGCUAAGGGUAGGCAAUGGCACUGAGGAAGUUGACGAUCAAGGAAACAUACGACUCCCUGAAGAUAUUUGUGUGCCGUCUACAGGCGAGGGUGAUGACCUGGAGAAGCUGAUUGACCAUGUGUUUCCCAGACUAGAUGACAACAUGUCCGAUCCGAAUUACAUGACUUCACGCGCAAUCCUCUCCACCACGAACGACAACGUCGACAAGAUAAACAUAUGCAUGGUAGAGCAUUUUCGGGGAGAAGAAGUAAUCUACCAUAGCUUUGACAGUGCAGAAGAUGACCCGUAUGGCUACUACGCUCCCGAGUUCCUAAAUGGAUUGACUCCCAACGGUCUGCCUCCGCAUGCACUCAACCUGAAGCUCAACUGCCCCGUCAUACUUCUGAGGAACAUUGAUCCGGCUAAUGGUCUGUGUAACGGGACGAGGCUUGUGGUGCGAGGUUUCGAGAGGAACGCCAUCGACGCAGAAAUCGUGAUCGGACAACACGCAGGUAGGAGGGUAUUCCUUCCUCGAAUACCCCUAUGCCCGUCUGACAACGACAUGUUUCCAUUCAAGUUCAAGAGGAAGCAAUUUCCUGUAAGGCUUAGCUUUGCUAUGACGAUUAACAAGGCUCAAGGCCAGACGAUUCCGAUUGUUGGCGUGUACCUACCUAAUCCUGUGUUCUCUCAUGGUCAACUCUAUGUCGCACUGUCUCGAGCCACCACAAAGAGAAACAUAAAGAUCCUCAUUGGGAAGGAGAAGGAGAAUGCCAAGAAGCAAAGCGGUAAACCUAAGAAGCGAAAAAGACCUGCCUUGUCCUUACAAACCUCGAUGAAGAACAUCGUCUAUAAGGAAGUCCUUACAGGCUGA